UUCAAUUUCUACAACAACUACAACUGCAACAACCAUGUCUGGACGAGGAAAGGGAGGAAAAGGACUUGGCAAAGGAGGAGCAAAGAGGCACCGAAAGAUCCUAAGAGAUAACAUCCAAGGCAUCACCAAGCCAGCCAUCAGACGUCUUGCUCGACGAGGAGGUGUCAAGCGUAUCAGUGGACUGAUCUACGAAGAGACCCGAGGAGUGCUCAAGAACUACUUGGAGAGCGUGAUCAGGGAUGCUGUAACCUACACCGAGCACGCCAAGAGGAAGACCGUUGUAGCCAUGGACAUCGUCUACGCCCUCAAGAGACAAGGCAAGACCUUGUACGGAUUCGGAGGUUAAGAAGCUUCUUAGCCAGCUGCUCUCCUA